AUUGACGCGAAUAUCUUGCAUCUCACUCUUUGACUAAAGAGUUUGUUUACAUUUUCCGGUGUCCUUUAAUUUUAGGUGUUUCCACUUGAAUUAAUGACCACUAUUUGUUCUAAUUAAUCCCAUAUUAAACGUAUAUUAAUAAGGAAUAAAGUGCAUGUGGAAUUUAUUGAGAAAUUCCGCGGAAAUUCGAUAAUUUGACAAAGCUUUUCAUUGCUCGUUCAAAUAAACUGAAAAGAAAGUCCGGAAAAGAGGCAUAAAUAAUCAUGUUAAAACUAAAAGGAGCCUUCUUAAGUGGUGCUAAAUUAAUCAUGAGGAAGUUUUCUUCCAGUGCCAACACAAUUUACAGCUUGUCAUCAGGUCAAGGAAAAUGUGGUGUUGCUGUAAUUAGGGUAUCUGGUUUGAAGUCCCUGACUGCCCUAAUGACUCUGACAACUUUCAAAGCACCUCCCACCCCAAGGAAUGCAUAUUUGAAGAAGAUAUUUCACCCAAAAUCAAAGGAAUUCAUCGAUCGUGGGCUAAUUCUUUGGUUUCCUGGUCCGGGAAGUUUCACCGGAGAGGAUUCGUGUGAAUUUCACGUUCAUGGGGGACGAGCUGUUGUGGCGGCACUCCUCGAUGCACUUGGAAGUGUACCAGGAUUGCGGCCAGCAGAACCGGGUGAGUUUACAAAAAGAGCUUUCUAUUCCGGAAAGAUGGAUCUCACAGAAGCCGAGGGUAUUGCUGAUCUCAUUCAUGCUGAAACGGAAAUGCAAAGGAAAUUGGCUGUGAUCCAAGCAAAUGGGCAUUUGGCAAAGAAGUACAAUGUGUGGCGUGAGAAACUCACGAGGAUUCUGGCACAUUUUGAGGCAUUUAUAGAUUUUGGGGAAGAUGAGAAUUUUGACGAGGAUGUGCUGCGAAAAGUCAUGAGGGAUGUUGGUGAGAUUAAAAGAGAAAUAACUGAGCACAUUGAUGAUGGUCGUAGGGGUGAGAUACUGCGUAAUGGGGUGCGUGCUGCUAUUGUGGGUGCACCAAAUGUUGGUAAGAGUAGUUUUAUAAAUAUCUUAGGAGAACGACCAGUUUCAAUUGUUACGGAUAUUGCCGGAACAACGAGAGAUAUUGUUGAAAUAAGCUGCAACAUAAGCGGCUACCCGGUGACAAUAUCAGAUACAGCAGGACUUAGAAAUAAAGGGAAUGACAUUGUUGAGGAUGAGGGUAUGUUGCGGGCAAGAGAAUGUGCUAAACAUGCCGAUUUUACCAUCAUAAUUAUGGAUGCAAUACAAGUUGUUGAGUAUCUCAGCAAAAAUCCACAAAAUUCAAUUCGGGAUUACAUUGAGGAGUACUUGAAAGCAAUGGAAAUUGAAAUAUAUUCACCGGAACAUAUAUAUCUUGUUAAUAAGACAGAUCUCAUUAGUGAAGCGCCCACGAAUUUAGCUGAGCAGAGACUUUUCUGGGUAUCAUGCAAGAAUUCAUUUGGAUUGCAAAUUGCAAUUGAUGAAGUGCGCAAAAGUUUGAAAAAUAUAUGCGGAGAACCAACAACUGAAAAUCCUGUCUUAAGUCAAGCACGACAUCGUCAUUUAUUAUGCGAAGGACUAAUUCAUUUGAAUGUAUUCCAUGACUAUGUAGGCAUCCUCUUAAAUAGCACCAAUUCACCCGUUGAAUUAGAUUAUGCCAUUGUAGCAGAAGAAAUACGCUCUGUUAUUCAAUCAAUUGGCAAAAUUACCGGAUCUGUGACUACCGAAGACAUAUUAGAUGUUAUUUUUAGGGACUUUUGUAUUGGAAAAUAAAUGCUCUUCUCCCGCA